UGAAAAACAUAACUGCUACUCUGUUUGUUUUUUUUUUUAAUGUCUUUGCCCAUAUCAGGUGUUUAAAGCACCAACACAGGCUGUGUGCCAAUGUGAAAGCUCCCAUUUCAGUUAGAAAUUAGUUGGAACCUGUGAUAUUUUAAUAUAUGUUGAAAUAGUAGAUAGUAAUUUCUAACUCGGGUUUUAUAAAAGGUUGUGAUUUGAUAUAUCUAGCCUACAGUUAAGUGGAUUAAGCAGGUUAUAAACAACAACAUUCAGAAGGGGCAGGACAAUGGACCCAGGAAACCGUUGGGAAUAUGUGAAAUACCCUGUUCAUCUCCUGGCUAAUGUCAGAUGGUGAUAUUAUUUCUGCUGGGACCGCUGUAUUUCUGUUUUUGUUUGCCUGACAUUACCCUUAUAUGUCUUCCAUUAGACCUGGAAGGAUCUGGGUGUUUUCGCCUCCCUUUAACUACGGUAAAAAUUGAAUGUUUGGCCCUUCUGCUGAGGGCUUAGAACCUUGCUGUACCCCUGCUCCUAGCACACGAUGAGGGGAGGCAUUUCCUUGCUACCAGUCCCUCAUGCACAAAGCAGGAUACAGUCUAGCCUAAUAUUUGUUAAUCCAUAAUAGCCAGCCUAAGUGCUGUAUAGUGAAAAAUAUAAUGUGUUUUUGUAUGGAUAAACCAUCUCUGUUGCUGCAAAUAUUUGCUGUUGCAAACUGUUACUGCACAAGUGUGGGAGGGUUUGCCUGAUUUGCUGCUGAUUUGUAUGGUGAGUGACAGCUUUGGACAAAAUCCAAAUCCUACAUUAAUAUUAAUUUAUUGAUGUAAAUUAAUGCAGAACAAACAAUAAUCAGCAGCUAGCUCAACAACUGUAGUAAGCUGUCCACUCUAGCCAUAGGAUUCUUAUUUUGAAGAUACCUGAUAGACAUUUGACAUCAUGUGUUGUUUAGAGAAAGGGAGUAAACUCUUUGCUGAGUUAUGCUUAUGUUAAGGAAAAAAAGUACGGAAAAUUUAUGGACUUGAAAAGUGCUAGGAAAAAAAUUAAGUGAGGCUCUUUAAUAGCUGUUUAAUGUUUUUUGUAACAGAAGAGGAGAGGCUGUCAUUGGCAAAGAUCUGAAAAAAAUAUUCUGAGUACUAAUUCUAGUUUGAAAUAAGCAGAAGCAUGUAGCAUCAGGGUAUUUUUUAUGGAACUAUAACUAAGGGAAGUUAAUAACUAUAUAACCUGUACACUUGGUGCGUUUACUUACUUCUAUUAAUUAAAUGUACUUUGUAUUGUGUGCCCCAUUUAUUACAUUCUGUGUCAUAUUUGCUGUGGCUGCCGGGGAAGGCAAUGAAGAUGGGUGCUCAUCUAACAGGUGCUCCACUUCCUUUGUUCUUUGUAUACACAUAUUCAAAUCACACAAGGCAGGGGACAGGAUAGGGCCUGUUAACUCAUUGCUGAUUUCCCUAGCAAAUAAACCAGCUGCAGGUCCAAGCCCUGGCUUAGUGCUGAGGAGAAGGUGGCAUUUGUGUGGGACAGGAUGCUUUCAUGGAGCCCCCUAGCCAACUUCUUUUGGGACUUAGAGUGCAGAAUAUAUUUUCUACUUGUAGGUAUUUGUUCUGCCUUAAAGUUGACAGUACCAUCUCAUACCAUCCACGGUAUUGAGGGACAACCACUUCAUCUUACUGUUGACUACAAUUUCAAUGCUACAGCUUCUGAAAUCCAGAUAAUUUGGCUUUUUGAGAGGCCUCAAAGUAAUCCAAAAUACUUGCUUGGCUCUGUAAAUCAAACAGUAGUUCCAGACUUGGAAUACCAGCACAAGUUUACCCUUGUACCACCAAAUGCAUCUUUGAUGAUCAAUCCAUUGCAUAUCAGCGAUGAGGGCAAUUAUAUUGUAAAAGUCAAUGUCCGUGGAAAUGGGACAAUAGCUGCAAGUCAAAAGAUUCAAGUAGCUGUUGAUGUUCCAGUCACAAAGCCAACUGUACAUACUGAACCAUCUUCAGGAGUAGUGGAAUAUGUAGGAAAUAUUACCCUAAAAUGUAUUCUGGGUAAAGGUACAAGGGUAACUUACCAGUGGAUGAAAAAUGGGAAGCGUCUCCAUGCUGGCCCUAAUUAUACCUUUUCAUCAAACAAUGCUACACUUCUAAUUGUUCCUGUCGUAAAAGAAGACAUUGGGAAUUACAGCUGUCUAGUAUCUAACCCUGUCAGUGCAAUGGAAAGUGAGAUAAUUGCACCAACCAUAUAUUAUGGACCUUAUGGUCUUAGAGUUAAGUCAGAUAAAGGUCUGAAUAUAGGGGCAGUGUUUACAGUUGACAUGGGAGAAGUUAUACUGUUUGACUGUUCAGCAGAUUCAAAUCCGCCAAAUACUUAUUCGUGGAUUCGAAGGGAUGACAAUACCACUCAUGUAAUCAAAUAUGGACCCCAUCUGGAAGUUGUAUCUGAUAAAGUGGCCCAGAAGACAAUAGAUUACAUGUGCCGUGCUUUCAACAACAUGACUGGAAAACGAGAUGAAACUCACUUCACAGUCGUGGUUACUUCUGUAGGGUUGGAAAAGCUGGCCCAGAAGGGAAAAUCUUUAUCUUCACUUGCAGUAAUAACAGGAAUUUCAUUAUUUUUGAUCCUAGCUAUGACUUUUUUAUUCCUAUGGAAAAGAUAUCAGCCACAUAAAGUGAUACAACAGAAGCUGCAAAGCAGGCCAGAGGCUGAUUACAGAAAGGCACAGGCAUUUUCAGGACAUGAAAGUGCUUCAGAUGAUUUUGGGAUAUAUGAGUUUGUCGCUUUUCCUGAUCUUGCCAGUGGUUCUAGGGUUUCAAGUCAGUCUGUUCCUGGCUCUGACUUUGUCCCAGGCCAGGAUAUGCUUAAUACGGUUUAUGAAGUUAUUCAGCAUGUUCCUGAUCAGCCGCAACAAGACCACCAACAGUCUUCCUUCUCAAUUCUCUCACUGAUGCAUGACCCCUCUGAAAAAAGGAAUAAAUGCAACAAAAAGAUGUAUAUGAAGACAUGGGAACAGGAAAUCAAAGCAUCUGCAAGUACUUCUUUUUCUUUAUAACAUACUGAAAGGAAAUGCCAACAACUCCAAGAAUGGCAAAGGCUUAUGCCACCUUUGCUUGAAAUAGCAAUUUUUCUUCAGACUGACAGUCCCUUUCCUUGGGGUGCUCCAAACUGCCCAUUUCUUAAUUUUUUCUUUUUUAAAGUAAUAAUUCACUGAAAAAUACACGUAUUUUUCAUUAAUUUCUUUUCCUUAUUGGUGAACAGAAAAGACAAAGAGACAGCUUUAAAAAUGCAGUAUAAAACAUAUAUUUUAGUAAAAUAAUCAGUAGAGGCACAAGAAGAAAUCAGGCCCAAGAUGCCACCCUCACUUGUUUUAUUAAAAAAUGGCAAAAAUCGCAUAUGAGAGUUUUUCAUUGGUGUUGACUUUUACAAGAAUACUGCCAUGAAAAGUAAUAAAUGCAAUAUGACAGAUUGCAAAAUACAUUUGAGGUUUAAAAUAAAGUCUUUUAACUCUUUUAAUGUGACACUGUAUUUUAAUUUACAAGCAUAGAAGCUGAUCUGUCAGGCAGUUAGAAUUUAAAAAUGUACAUAUGUAUAUUAUUCAAAAUAAUGUGUUCUCAUUAAAUUCUGUUUCCUUUGCAUUUUAACUGUUUUUCUAUUUUCUGCUGAAGAGCAUGUUUCUCAUUGACUAGGAGAGCAAGUAAUAUUCAAGUCAUUUCUUAAAGCUGCAGAAUGUUCAGGCUAUUUGUAUAUUAAAAUUGUAAUUCACCAGUGCAAAUGAAACCGAUCUUACUCUGUUUAAACAGUGUGCUACAAGUACCUUCACAAAUAGAGGAAUACUCUUCCAGAAUCUUCUGUUAGCAGGCAUCUGAAUCCUGCAGAAAAAUUCACUAUUAUUUCCUCAGAGUCAGCUAUUAGAUGGUGUCAGUUGGCUGCAGCCAGGGAAAAGGGGAAUUAUGAACUGAAUUAAUCUGCAGAAAAAAAAAAAAGGAUACUUCAGUAACAGCUAAUUGUGUGGGAAAUCAUUAGUGUGAGUAAUGAGAAAGCAUACAGUGUCUCCAUCCUUUAAGACAGGCUGAAUGGGAUUAUUUAAAGCACUCUUGUUUAUGAAAAGUUAUUUCCACUCAUUUAAAGUACCUCCCUAAUAAGCAUUUAGUAAACAUUCUUCCUGUCUCCAUCUUUAAAACACAAGGAAAAAUAACACAGUUUUCGGUGAAUAUUCUGAUCUUGUGAUCCUGAAAAAAAGGGAAAAGGACAUCUUCACCGUUGCGUGUGAGGAAAAUAGGAUUUGGCAUUUCACAGAGGCAGCUGAUGCAGCCCAAAUAUGCAAGAAGUACUGAUGUAAUCUAAAAGAAUGUAGUCACCAGAUUUGCUCCCUAAGAAAUAACCCUCUGACAUGAAGGCAUCAGGCAGAGGCUGUAAGUAUAAACAUUUGGGCAAAAUUCUAAAGUACUGAAGUUGUCCCGAAGGACUUACUUAGGAACUCAGGGGGUUCCCCACAAAUUCCCCCAUCGUUCAUUUAAAGCUGACUUCAUCUGUGUGUUUCACAUUGAGACAGCCCUUUGGGAUGUGCGAAGUCUGAUUUUCCGCUUCUUUUUCUUUUCUUGAUGGAGUGCUCUGAAAUGAGCAUACGGAUUUCUUGAGACCAUUCCAUCCAGACCAUCUCAGACGUAUAAUGUCACUGCAGGGCCACAGGGCAGCAAGUGCAAAUGGAUUAAAAAAAAAAUUACUGUUUCUGCAUCUCUAGAGCCUUUGUAUUUAAAACUGACAGUAGUAUACAUUUUUCUAAGUUUUUCUGAUGAAAAUAAAAAGAAUUGGUUCAAUAUCAGUUCUGUUCUGCAUGCUUUUAAGCUCAUUUAGGCCCAUGCCUAAGUGCAUUUUAAGUUUCCCCAAACAUUUUGUUUCAGAAUCUGUGUAUGUGUCUUGAUAAUGGAUCAGCAAGCUGUUUUGGAUUAAGCCAUUUGUCAAUAAUGUGAGAUGACCUCAGCAAUCCAAGACAAAAGUCCACCCUAACAGUCUAUCAAACUUCUGCAAAAUACCUGUAAA